AAAAAGAAUGAAAAAAGACAAAAGAUUGUAGGGUGAGGAUGAGUUAUAAAAAGAAGGAAAUAUGAAAAGAUUAAGUAGAAGCGACCGUAGUAAAAAUAAGUGGAUUCUAGAGGGAGAAGAUGCUGUGAAAAGAAGGAGGCAAUUGUAAUAGAAGAUAAAAGAUCGUAGAGGAGCCGUGGCAAACUUAUGAUUUAGUAGAAUACUAGUGAAAGAAACGCGAAGAUUGAAAUAAAAGGGGACUUCGAAGAUGAAACGGAGCAAAAUGAGAAGGGAAUCCAUAAAGUGUAAUAAAGAAGCGCGGGGAUUAAAGAGAAGAGUUUUUAGUUGAUGAAAUGAUAUCAUACGUGUUCAAUAAGGACACCGUUGAGUUGGAUAAAAAUCGGAUUAGAUUUUUUACUUGCUUGGAUAAGAAUUUAUCUCUGUUCGAUUUUAGAAUCGAGAAGUUGUUUGAUGUUUAAUGACAUCUGUUCGUCGAACUGUCGACCGAAUCAGCGGAUGGGUCUGUUUGAACGUUCCACAGACUUUGAUCGAUGUGCAGACAGUAAAAUGCGAAUUUAUCGGUACGCGAUAAGGAGAUGAAAAUACUCGAUGUUGAUCAAAUAUCGGGAUGUUUGUAUCGAACUUUUGUAAAUAGUGGAUUCUUACGAUAAUUACAUUAGAUUAGUGACGAACCUCUGACGAAGAUUUUACUGAACAUUUAAAAUAUUGGAUGAAUGGAAACGCAGACCAAUUAAAAAUCGUCUGAAAGAUGAUUAUCUUUUAAUUUAAACCUUAACUUUAAAAAAAAAGAAAAAAGAAUUGUUAGGAUCAUGAAUUUAGUAUCAACUAUGAAACAAUUACGAACUAUUUCAUUUAUAAAAAGCCGUUAACGAAGAUUCCAUUAAACGUUUAAAGGAUCAAAGGACGCGAUAUCAGCGUGUCUUCGAUCGAUUUAUUUUCUCUAAAGCGCAUGAAAAGGAAAGAAAAAUUCACGAAAUUUAUAAAGAGUUAACUGAACAUUCGUAACACCAAAGCCCCUUUAAAAAUCGAUUCAAAGUCGUGAAAAAUCUAUUAAAGAAAGGUCGCUAAUUCCAAGCGAUCAUUCGUUGCAGGUGCUAAAACAUAGGAUAAAAGAAAAGAAGAAAAUACGCGAGAUUAAGAACAAUAGAAUUUUUCGAAGAAAGAAGAUUUUCAAAACGAUCGCCUACUCAUCGAUGGGGAAGAGCGUCGUCGACCUGAUGAUGUUCCUGGACGUCUGCCAGCUGUACCUUCAAACGAAACGGAAGUCGCGGAACUUGUGCACGCUUUGGGCCAUCGUCACGUUCAUUCGCACGGAAGACACCGGUGAAUUUCUACGUUGGUGCCGAGCGUACACAGUUCCUUAUCUACGUUACAGGGACAACUAUGUCAGUUCUAGCGCCAAAGAAAAGCAGAGGGUCGAUAAACUGAUUCUGAAGGUUCUGCAAGAGUUGUUCUAUUGCGGAUGCAUACCACCAUCCGAUAUCGGUCUAUGAAUGAAACUUUCUCACACAUAUUUAUAAAAAUGUUCUACCGUACAUGGUGGAUUAUUUUAACGAAGAUUUUCCUGCUCGGUAUCUUCUUCUUGGAGAUUUUCGCGGACACGCGUGUGGAUGAGGGUAAACCAUCUUAGCGAGAGGGAUGUCUGAAAGCGACGGAGAGCAAGUAGCUCGGUCGGUGGCCUUGGAGCAAGCCUACGUCCACGAAGUUUACGAGCAAUGCGCCGAAAAAACGGUCCAGAGUCGACACUGGCCACGAAUCUAUCAAUUUCUCGAAGAAUUGGAGCCGGGAGCCCUUGUUUGCGAUAUUGGUUGUGGCAACGGGAAGUACCUGAACGUUAAUCACAGCAUCUUUAAGGUAGGAGUGGACCGGUGCAAGCGUUUCACGGAUAUCGCGCGUGAGAAGGAAAAUGAGGUAUUGAUCUGCGAUAAUCUAGCUCUGCCGUUUCGAGAUGAGAGUUUCGACGCGGUCCUCUCGAUCGCCGUGGUGCAUCACUUUGCCACAACAGAGAGGCGGGUUCACGCGUUGAAAGAACUCGCAAGAGUAUUGCGGAUCGGCGGUCGACUGGUUAUAUCGGUAUGGGCUAUGGAACAAAAACACAGGAGGUUCGAGUCUCAAGACGUGUUGGUACCAUGGCCGAAAGCUUACUGCAUGAACUCGGUGACAAAUAGGUCGAAACGUUCGAGCGCGCCACACGCCACUGAAUUAUAUUACAAUCAGAACGCUCAAAAAUUCCCAUCUUCCAAAAGGAACAGCCAACGAAAAUGCAAAAGCAAGAGCUAUUGGAUCGACCCGAUAUUCAGCCCAUCACCGUCAACCAGCAGUCUAUCCAGCCCGAACGAGACCUGCUACAGUUUUUUCCGUCGCGCUUUGCAGAAAUUAGCAGGAAGUAGACGUGGAUCUGGCAAUCGACCUUGGUUUCUUGACAGUUGGCAGAGUGGCAGUGGGAAGAAUCGCAAAGACUACGAGCAAGAAGAACCACCGGACGUGGACGAACUGCCCAUCGAGUUACGCCGCGUAGAGGAUGUUAACGUGACAUUGAACAAACAGUCAGACUCUCUGAGUAUUAAAUCUAAGAGUCUGGGUGAUAUUUUGGAGAUUCAGCGACUGGACCUUGUACGAUCUAGAUCCAGUAUUCCUGGUUUGUGCUCCGUGUUGACGUCCGAAUUGAAUUUGGACGGGGAAUCGAGGACGUCAUCGUCGAUGAGUGGCUCGAAGCCACGGCUAGUCAAGCAGAAGACUCACCUCGUGGACGACACCGGUUUGGAACAUCCUGAUAACACUGCCAUUCAAGAAAUAUCUAAGGACAUUCCAGACUUUCAGAUAACACCUGGUCAUAAUUCGAAGCGGGGAAGCAUCCUGAAACAGAGCUCGAUGAACGAGGAACUAAUGUCUAUCGAUAGGCUAGAAGAGAAAGAAAGGGUACGAAGGAACAUAAUGAAACAGGCGUCCCUGAACGAGGACAUUAUCUGCAAAGGGAAAACCUUCGAAUCCCUUAGAGACUCCCUCUAUUCCGUAAACGCGACAAAGAGAUUUCAACUAUUGAAAAGUGGCCUUACGAACAAGAUUAAACAAUCCACGACUAACAUCGAGGUAUCCGGUAUAUCGAUCAAGAACGGAUUCGUGAAGAUCUUACAAGGAUGGAAAUCCACGGAAAAUGAAACGAAUACAACUAAUACAUCGACCGACGAAGCGUCUAAGAUGAUGUACAAUGACUCGAAGGUUCAGUCUAUAACUGUGCCGAAAAGAGAGACAGAAGUGAUCGAAAGGCGUUUGUCUCGCGAGGACGGUUCGGAUUCGUCGAAAGACAGUAGUUUGCAAAGCGACACAAGCGUCGAUUCCGAGGAUAGUUUCGCAUCCGUGAUUUACGUGCCAAAGCAGGACGCACAGCCAACGAUAGAGGCUAUUAUUCCAGCCUCCAGUGGUCAUCAGCUGGGAAGCAUCUCAGCGCCCCCUUCACCACGCGUCAAACAUCCUCCUGAUACAUCUAACUCAAGAUUGAAGGUCAUUACCAUAUCCCCAUUGCUCAAACAGUUCUCAGCUACUAGCAAGUCUCUACCUCCACCUAGUCCACCUGGCCUAUCCCCUUGUACUUUAAACCCCGUAUUUAGCAGGCCAUUCUUUGGUUCAACCACAGUCGCCAACCAGCAACAGGUAUCUGGAGACAAUACUGUUAACACAAAGAGGACGGAGGUUUUGAACAAUGGCUGUCAUCAAACAAUCAAUGGAGACUUGCAGGGUAAUAAAAGGAAUAUCGAAAGUGAGAUUUGUGGGAGGACUAAUUUCUGCGAAGAGAAGAAACCUAGCUUGCAAUCUAUACGCGCUUAUAGAUCUAUGACUGAGAGUGUGGAGAUUGAGGAACCGAAAACUGACAAGGACACUGCUCCACUUUUAUCUACCGUGGAUGAUAGUCCUGACGUGUCGUUGCACGAGAAAAGUACCUUUGAAGUCAAUAAGGAGGAAGAGAAUCGUAAGGCCAGACUAAAUCAGAUCAAGGAAUUGCUGAAACAGAAGCCUGAUUUUGCAACUCGAACCAAACCGUCGUUUCCUCUGGUUAGAAGAGCUUCGACGACAGCUAGUGGUCGUUUGGAGGCUGUUACCAAAGUUCUACCACGGUUGCUUUCGUUGGAAUUAUUCAAUCCUGAGACUGAUGAUCUGGAUAGCGAUUCCAGUGGAGUGUCGUCGCCGGAUUCGGUAGGUUCUGUGAUUAGCGUAAUCUCUGAUGAGAAAUACAUGGCUAAGAAGGAUAAUACUAAGUCAGAGUGUACCGAAUCCGAAGUGCUAGAUAGCUCGGCUGAAAACGUGUCUGAUCCCAGUGAUGCGACAGCUGACGAAUCAUCAGGGUACGUGGCUGAUUCCAAGGAGGAUGAAACGAAGACAACAGGAGACAGUAGUUCGUCUCAGUCUUCUAGACUUCUAGAAGCUGCAGCUAACGUCGCCAAUUCUCUGGAGGAUACUGUGGAGACGGUCAUCACAAAAACGCACACUAAAUCGUACUCGACGCAAAUAGCACAACAGGAAAGCGUUGAAAGUUCAGCUAGUAGCGAAACAAGAGUCAGAACGAAGUCGGAUAUUCAAUUGCCAAAAGUGGAGGAUACGUGGAACGAAGAAUGUCGCAAGCAUCUGAUAGACUUUACCGAAAAGCUUAGUGAAAACUUGAUGCAUGAGUUGGACGAAAACAAGAACGAUCAGAAGAUUUUAGAUAAACCAUUCCUAUCGAGGAAAGACUUGGACAAACGCAACUUUGAACACCUACCUCCUUACGACAUUCCAUCGUCGAUAUCUACCAAGUCGAAAUACAACGAUUUAUCCAACACGAUCGCAUGGCUGAGUAACACCAAUAAUGGUUUCCAUGAAGAAAUGCAUAGGAGCACUUCAGACGACAUAAUGGAUUUCGUGAUGGUCUCCAAUACCGGGGAAUUCAUGAACGAGAAAGACACAUCCUCUUUGGACAAACAAUCUUCGGAGAAACCUUAUCUAAGAAGUGCAAACUCCAUAGAGUCUAGCGAUAUUGGCGAGUCCAUCGAUAAUACGAUCAGUUUCAGCGACGGAAGCCACGCGGAGUCCACUGGACGAUUGUGCAGCAGCAUGAUGUCGCUAUUAUCAAACACCAACGAAUACCCUAAAUCAUACGCUGAGAAACGAAGACUCCAAUUACAAAGGAGGUCCGCCUCCGAGGAGACGCCACCUAGGUAUCCAGACAAUAGCAAACGCAGCACCGAUUGUCUGGUAACCACGACAGGAAGUAACGAUUCCCUGACCGGAUCAUCGUCCCAGGAAUCUUUACCGUCCGAUCGCGGAGGUGGCGCCAUUACUUAUCAUCAGUACUAUCACGUGUUCAGGGAGGGCGAGCUGGACCAACUGAUCAACAAAUACGUGGAGAACUUGCAUAUUAUCUCGUCUUACUAUGAUCACGCGAGCUGGUGCAUCGUCGCGGAAAAGGUGCAGGUCUGGACUAUAUGACUCGAGGCGGACGCCCCUGUCCCGUUUUCACGCGGAGCGUCGCGCCUCGUGCGUCGCCACGCCGCCGGUUAGAUCGCUUAUCGGGCAAGGAUAAUCAGUUCGUGAAGCUCGCUGAAACUUCGUGAAAUGCUUCUCGAUUCAUUUUACGCGGGCACACGCGUUACGAUGAAGAGUAGGCUAAUUUCUUUAUUAUUAAAAGCAAGAGGUAUGGUUGGUAGCUAAUGAAAAUACGUAUACAAUAUUUAAAUGAAUUUAUUAUCGCUUUUCUUAUUGUUUAGGUCGAAAGUGAUUACAUUAGCUAGCCAUGAGUUAUGGUCGAGUCCAGAUAAGCGAGUCAGAAGUAUAUUAGAAUUUUAAAAUUGAUUUGGAAGACUAUGAGAAGACUGGAUUUUAACCAAAAGAAACAAAGUAUAACUUCUAAGCACAGAUUUUUGUUUCGGCCAGUUAAUCUAUUUUUCAUCUCAAAUCUUACUCCUAUCGAAGCAUUGUGUAUGACUUACAUUGAAGAAGAGUAUUUUGCUAUUUCGAAGUUAAAGUUAAUUAUAUGAUGAAUUCUAUUGAUCUGCAAUUGAUACCAUUAGCUAUCUACCAGAAACAAGAGAGGUUAGGGCAAGAUGUUAGAUAAAGCGAGUUAUAAAAGAUUUGGAACGAGGUGUAAAUAUGUAAAAUAAAAAGAAAAAAAGAUACGUUUCCGACGUAAGCGCACAGAUCGGUAAACAAAGGAUAAUUCAUCAGAUAAGCAACACUACUAGAAUAGCGAUUUGUAUCAUUCGUCUAAGUGCUUGACCAAAUGUUUCUUCUUUACUUGUCGGUUCAUUGUUUUAUCAUUGGAAAAAAAGCCUCCAUUCUAGUCUCGAGUUUCGAUUACGUGAUAAUAUGUAGCUUUAGUUUAAGAGUUAGAUCUGUGGUUCCUAAUCUUUUCAUCGUUCAACUCGUCGGCCACUUGUGAUCAUUCUCCCAUAAAAACGGACGCUAUCUUUUCCGUUGCAUUCUAUCUCUAUAGUUCGACUAUAAUUCCAUUGUAGGCAGCAGCGUUGCUGUUAUCUCUUGAUUUAUCUCUGAUCAUCCUUCUCUCUAUUCAAUAUUGUUGUUUUUAGUAUGAUUUUAUUUAAUUUUUUGUAUAAGUUCUUUUUCCUAUAAUAUUAUGGUAAUAAAAGAUUCUAUUUAUUUCUUUUUAUAAAUAAAUUAAGUGUAACGUGUUUAGAGUUUUUUUAAUGCUAUUAUUUAUUGUCUUGUCAAUAUAAAAAGAGAAAGGUGAAACAACGGCGGUAGGGAGAACUGCCCGACCUUGAACAUACCAAGAACUGUUCUCUAGUAUAGUCAUUCAAUUUUCGUCACUCGUUCAGACGUGUAAUGUUACCAGGAAGUCUUUCGCUGAAUUUCAUCUGUCUACAAUUUCAUAGUUCGGCUAUUCUUUUUCCCCUAAGAAUGGCAUAAAAGAUACUUCUGUGACGGAACAUUUAAUUAUAGAAUGUAAUAAUAAGUAGGCGCGUUCUAGUAAGGUUAGGAAAAUGAAAUGCAAUUAUUCCGCCACGAUAGUAAUUCUUAUAUGUCGUUCUUAAUUUAAAAAUAAACAAAAAAAAAAAAAGAAAAAAAGAUAUGCGACAAUUGCAACAAUCAUGGGAGACUUUCUUUUUACAAUAACGUAAAUAAUGUAAAUAACGACGAUUCUCGUUUGACAAGUAUUUAAGUAUUCACUUCCAGGUAUAAGAAACGACGCUUCAAUAACGUUCAUUUGCCACGCAUGUCUCGUAGAUAGCGACAAGUUCGUAUUAUGAAAACCGAGAGUUUAGGGUAAUAAAUUGUAUAGGAACUGCUGUUCCAAAGUAAACGGAUGUUAUUGCGUUAUUACCACGAGGAAAUUCAGCUGACGAAACAGGAAGAUACGCUGCUUAAAGUUAUUGGAGAGUCAUCCACUUUGAUGCUUAGAAAGCUAUUGGACGUUUAGUGAAAAUCUGCGACUAUUAUGGGAACGGUAUUAUAAUUUCGUUGUCGCUAUUUACUUUAUUUUUGACACGUUAGAGAAGCCUAACUCUGUUUAAGACUGUUCUCGGGAACAAAUUAAUACCUUCAUUUUUGAAUUUAUAUAAAAUUAUAUAAUUUAUGUAAAUUAUUUUCAGGAAUGCUAUUACAUAUGAUAUUAAUGGUAUUACAGUGAAUUAAUUAGUUGUUUCAAACAUUUAAAAUAUGCAUAUAUCGAUCAUCGUGAUAUUUAAUAUCUUAAAUAUUACAAAAUGUAAAUAUUUAAAACGCAUGGUAAAAGUGAGACACCCUGUAUAUAGAAGCUAGUUCAAGAUCUUUUUGUGGAUAGGAUUGCUCCAAUUACUUCAAGCAAAAUGUUUACUCUUUAAAGUAACAGACUAUACAGAAAAGAUACGGUUUGUAAGUUUCAAUUGUAAACAAAUGAGAACAAAUUGGAUGAAUAUAUUCGAAAGUGAUAUUAAAGGAGAAACACGUGCAACAGAUGGUUCCGGUUCACUACAAUUUGAUAUCAAGAAAGUCUAAGAAUUUCGAUAAAAUUACGAGAAUUUAUCGUGAAUGAGAUGCUAAUUAUUAGAAAGUUACACAAAAUACAUACGUAGUUACUCAUCGAGAUUGAAAUCGAAUUUCGCUAAGGUGAAAUCUACUUUAUCGACAGAAGAUGUAAAAAAAUUGUAUAAAACAGGACCAAAGUUCAAAAUAUAGAAUACGUUUGUUAUUGGCAUCGUAAAUCGGAGUACAAAGUAUUGUAUGUUCAACAAAUAGAAGACUCUCCGACGACUUCGAAUUCACUAGAUUCAAAAGGGUAAAAAAAAAAAUGGGAAGCGAGAAACAUCUCGGAAUUCUGUGCAUUUGUAAUACCGCAAUAACUAUCGGACCAUUCGAAAAAGAAUAUACCACGAGAUAGCAGAACAACAGUUGACCCUUUAUUUAGGAAAAUUAGCGAAAUCUAACCUUCAUGAUUCCUUGCUUUUUCAAGGAUAUUCACGACGGGACACGACUUCUAGAAACCAAAAGAUUUUUCGCGACUUUUAGAGAAAAGUGUCGCGAAAGUUCAUCCAUAGAUGCGUUACAUUACGGAACAAUUAGUAAGGAACAAAUAAACGGGUUAAAAUAUCUCGACCCUACGAUACGACCGGACUGUAUAUUCCAUAUAUGCAUAUAUUUAAAAAAAACAGUACUGACUGCGAAAACCUUAUAGCUAAAAGGAACAAAAAAAAAAGAAGAGAAGAAAGAAAAAA